UCUCUCAUUCUCUUCAAGACAAGACAAUCCUCUUUCACCCUUUAUUCUUCUCCGCUUGAUUUAUUUUUUUUCUAUUUUCAUGUAAAUUUUCGCUUUUGGGUUGGUAUUUUAGGUUUUACUAAAAGGAGAAAAGCAUGGGGUUUUGGAAUUUUAAUAUUAUUUUAUUUAUUUUUCUUUAAAUAGGUGGAGUUUGUGGAUAGAUGAUGAAUAAGGAAAGGUGGUUGACUCAGUGGGGAAUGCCUGCUCCCUUGGUGGUGACUUGAAUAAUUAUUUUUUUAAAAUUUGAUAAAAGAAGAAACCUUUGAAUCAAUAACCUCGUUGGGUUUUUUUUCUUUGUAAUUUCUUUGGCUUGAAAUCCUGAUAUUUAUUUGUUAAAUUUCUUCCUUUUUCUUGGGGGUUCUGGGUUUUUUUUUUUUUCAGGGGCCAAUUGGUGAGUAUUUCCUGCAGUUCUGCUCAUCUUUUUUGCUUUGUUCAGAUGUGUUUGGAUUGAAAAAGAAUCAAUCAGAAACAAAUUAUAUAUCUGUCCAAGCUAUCUCCUCACAGCUCUCUGAUUUCGUUCUCUUUCUUUUUGGCUUUGUCCACCUAUUUGACUUGUGGAAAUGGUGAGAGGGAAAACUCAAAUGAGACGCAUAGAGAACGCUACUAGCAGGCAAGUUACCUUCUCGAAGCGGCGAAAUGGCCUGCUAAAGAAGGCCUUUGAACUUUCAGUUCUUUGCGAUGCGGAGGUUGCCCUUAUCAUCUUCUCUCCUAGAGGAAAGCUCUAUGAAUUUGCAAAUUCCAGCAUGCAGGAGACAAUAGGACGAUAUUUAAGGCAUACAAAAGAUUCUAGAGCUAGUAAGCAGCCAACUGAAGAAACCGUGCAGCAUAUGAAGAAUGAAGCAGCUAACAUGAUGAAGAAGAUAGAGCAACUUGAAGUUUCAAAACGGAAACUGUUGGGAGAAGGUCUCGGGUCAUGCUCUAUUGAAGAACUGCAACAGGUAGAACAACAGUUGGAGAAGAGUGUCAGCAACAUACGGGCAAGGAAGACUCAAGUUUUCAAGGAACAGAUUGAGCAGCUUAAAGAAAAGGAGAAAGUCCUAGCAGCUGAAAAUUUAAGGCUGUCUGAGAAGUGUGGUAUGAUAGUGCAAACACCAGAUGGAUCAAAAGAGCCAGGAGAAAUCGAAAAUGCAGGAGAAGAUAGUCAUCCGAUAUCAGACGUGGAGACUGAAUUGUUCAUCGGUCCACCGCCAGAAAGAAGAACAAGGCGUCUCCCACCCCGCCUAUGAGCCCCCCAAUUCAACACACUGCCGCCAGCUUUUAUCAAGAUUCAUAUAUAAAUAUUAACAGUACAUAUAGUCACAGUAACUGUAUGCCUUAUCAUUUGAACCAUCUAUUUAAUAUUUUAUUUUGAGAAAGUGUGAUUUAUGUGGUUUUGUAUCAUUAAAUGCAUGAAAUAAUAGUUUUCAUCGGGUUUCUUAA